AAAGCACCCUCACAAGUCAAGUGAGCGUCGAUCUCUGGGGUUCUGUCGGUGUGUGAGUGUGCGUGUGUGUGUGUGUGUGUACCUCGGCGUGGAAAUAUGACCUCCUCCAACCCGGACCAGCGCCUGGAGCACCUCCUUAGCGCCGUGGAGAGCGAGUUCCAGAAGGGCAGCGAGAAGGGGGACGCGUCCGAGAGGGAUAUUAAACUGACGCUGGAGGACGCAGACCUGUGGAACAAGUUUAAAGAGUUGACCAACGAGAUGAUUGUCACCAAAACGGGAAGGAGGAUGUUCCCGGUGCUCAGGGCGAGCGUCAGCGGCCUCGACCCCAACGCCAUGUACUCGGUGUUGCUGGACUUCGUGGCCGCCGACAACAACCGCUGGAAGUACGUGAACGGGGAGUGGGUGCCCGGCGGCAAGCCGGAGCCGCAGAGCCCCAGCUGCGUGUACAUCCACCCGGACUCGCCCAACUUCGGUGCGCACUGGAUGAAAGCGCCGGUUUCCUUCAGCAAAGUCAAGCUGUCAAACAAACUCAACGGCGGGGGACAGAUUAUGCUCAACUCGCUACACAAAUACGAGCCGAGGAUACACAUCGUGAAGGUGGGCGGCAUCCAGAAGAUGAUCAGCAGCCAGUCCUUCCCGGAAACGCAGUUCAUCGCCGUCACCGCGUACCAAAACGAAGAGAUUACGGCCCUCAAGAUAAAGCACAAUCCUUUCGCCAAAGCCUUCCUGGACGCUAAAGAAAGGAGCGACCACAAAGAAGUGCCAGAUCACAGCGUGGACAGCCAGCAGUCGGGCUACUCCCAACUUGGAGGUUGGUUCCUCCCAGGCCAGAGCCCCAUCUGCCCCAGCAGCAGCCCCCCGCAGUUCAGCGGCACGGUGGCCCACUCCUCGGGUUCCUACUGCGAGCGCUACUCCAGCCUGAGGAGCCACCGGGCAACCCCGUACCCCAGCCACUACCCCCACCGCACCGCCAGCACGAAUAACUACAUGGACAACACCUCGGGCACCUUGGCGCCCACCCAUGAUGGCUGGUCCGCCCUCCCCAUCCCAAACUCCACCGGCAUGGGCACCCUGUCGCACACCACCAACUCCACAUCCAACUCAAGUCAGUACCCCAGCCUCUGGUCCGUGGCCGGAACCACCCUCACUCCGUCGGGCUCGGCCUCCGGUUCCAUCCCCGGCGGCUUGACCUCCCAGUUCCUGAGGGGCUCCUCCUACACCGGGCUGACCUCCUCGCUGCCCGUCUCCUCGCCGUCCUCCAUGUACGACCCCAACCUGGGCGAGGUCGGGGUUGGAGACGCCCAGUUCGAGAGCUCCAUCGCCAGGUUGACCGCCUCCUGGGCGCCCGUGGCUCAGAGCUACUGAGAAGAAGAAGAAGAAGCAGAAUCAAAGACAAUCCGUCUCACUCCUCUUGGCUCUUCAUGUUUGGACCAUCCUCACACAUUUCCUUUUUUGCGCUAACAUUCAAGUGUAUAUCUUUGUAAAUAGAAUAAAUUAACGUGCGGUUAUGUUCCAUAUUAAUGUGCCUGCAUUCAGACUAAGAAAUUCAAGUGCCUUUUUCCUGUACAUACCUAUCUAUUUGUAUUUGAACUCGCUUGUUAUUUAUGACAUUUAAUAAUAAAUGUAAAAAAAAAAAAAAAAAAAGUGUUUUUUUUUGCUGUCAUACCCUGGCUUGCAUGGUCAGUGUUUUUCGGGAGGUCAUUUAAGUGUGGAAAACAACACCAUGAAAGGGUAUGAAUAUAAGAAAUAAGCACGUCCACACGGCUGUGCUAAGUGAAUUGGGUCUCCUUCUGUGACAUGUAGCUAAGAUUCCCCGAACACUGACACCUUUUCGUGACAGUCUGCGUCGAGGUGCGACAUGCGGCCCUGCACAUUCAGUCCCCAAAUCAAAGACACAGAAUUUUACGGUUUUUUUUUUAAUUUUACAUAACAUAUCCAAACACCCCAAAAAAUAAUUUGAAAGAAUGUAAUUUAAUUUUUUUUCCCCUGAGUUGAUUUUAAUUAAUGAACCUCGCACACUCCUUGUCCCAAUCGACAAAAAACAUGAACAUUAAAUUCCUUAAAAAACCAACAAGUCAGUGUUAAUGAUUUUUCUGUGUAUUAAC